AUGUGGGCCUUGUUGUUUUUUUGUUCGGCUCUUCUUCGGCCCCGCCCCGCCAAAACGCCCCAAGGCACGAGGUUCCUAAGAGGCCAACGGUUAAAAGCGGUACACUUUUCAAUGCUGCCACAGGGUGGGCGGCUCUACCGGCAUCUUGGGGGUUCUCGCCGCACCAGCGGUGCUGGAACAAGUGUUGUAUUAAAAGAUGGUGGGGCCAUCUUGGGUUUCUUCUUUAGCCUACUUCGUUUCACGGGCUAUUGUUUUUGGUUUCCGCGCAUUUUCGCCAGAGGCCAAACCGAACUUCUUCUGGAAAACUUCUUUAUGUAA